AUGGAACACAAGAAUUUCACUGUGGUAAACGAGUUCGUUCUCCGGGCAUUAGCAUGGAACUGGGAACUGCAGCUGUUCAUGUCUGCUCUCCUCCUAAUAUUAUAUGUCAUCAUCUUACCUGGGAAUAUCCUCAUCAUUGUAACAAUUAGGACUGAUGUCCACUUAGAGUCCCCCAUGUUUUUCUUCUUGGCCAAUUUGGCCAUCAUGGAUAUUUGCUACAGCGCUGUUACCCCUCCAAACAUGAUGGCCAACCUCUUCAAUGAACAAAAAACUAUCUCCUAUCAAGGCUGCAUGGCUCAGAUGUUUUUCAUCCAUUUCCUGGGCGGGGCUGAGUUUUUCCUACUCAUAGCUAUGGCUAUUGACCGGUAUGUGGCCAUCUGCCACCCUUUACACUAUGCAACCAUGGUGACCAGAGCCGUCUGCUGGGUGUUGGUAUUAUGUGCAUGGUGUGGAGGCUUCAUACACUCUAUGAUCCAGAUUGCUCUCAUCCUCCAACUUCCGUUCUGUGGUCCAAAUGAAUUGGAUAACUUCUUCUGUGAUGUUACCCAGAUUAUCAGGUUAGCCUGUAUCAACACCUACUCCUUGGAGUAUGCCAUGUUUAUUAACAGUGGCCUGGUCACCACCGCGUGCUUCAUUCUCCUCCUCAUCUCCUAUGGUGCCCUGCUUAUCAAGGUGAAGAUGGGCUCCAGCCAAGGGAAGAGCAAAGCUGCCUCCACUUGCGUCACCCACAUUAUCAUCGUCUUCAUCAUGUUCUGUCCUGCCAUUUACAUUUACUGUCAUCCUUUCUGGGACUUCCCCUUUGACAAGUUGGUGGGAUUCUUCCACACUGUGGUCUUUCCCUUGAUGAAUCCCAUGAUCUACACCUUGAGGAACAAGGAGGUCAAAGUUGCUAUGUUCAGAAUGCUCAGGAAAUAUAAACUUAGGAGGAACAAGUGA